CAACAGUGUUAGGUUAAGUUAACCUUAAAAAUAAAAAUAAAUAAACACUCCCGCGGAUAAUGAGAAAAUAGGAAAAUACAAAAAAAUAUAUAUUUUAAUAGUUUUCGUUUGCGUAUAAAAUGUUUUUGGAAAAUUAACCGGUUUUUACUGUAACACGCGAUUUAAUUUGAUAAAUUUUUGAAGGUCGAAUUGUAUUCUGCAUUAUUUGUUUAUUGCAUUGCAGUUUGUUGAUUUGAUUCUAGACGCGGUAUAGGAUAUGUUAUUUCGCACUCGUAAUACUUAGAAAUGGCACAAAGAUAAGUGAUAACGACAACUCUAGAUAGUGAAAAUGCAUAUAGUUACAAAUGGGGCGUAGAAAACCUAGUUCAAUACCAGAACCUGGUUUAAAACAAGUGAAUAUUGAGACUUGUUUAGCAAAUUUAGGAAAAGCCAAGUCUGAACAAGUUCAAAUAAAAAAAUCUGAAAGUCCUGUAAAAAUGUCGGAAAAUGUGAUGAAUUUGUAUGGAAAAUAUGAGAAGAGGGUACUUCCUUUUCCAUUUCCAGUCUAUGAAAAGGAAAAUAAAAACAAGUGCAAUGCAACUAAAUCUAAAGAAAAUAAUACCAAUACACCUCCAACUCAAUCAAAAGUUACAAUUUUAUCAAACAAGGUUAUUUCACCAGCCAAAGAAAGGGAAAUUAAUAAAAAAAAUUCAGAUUCAUCCACUGCUGAUCAACCUGCAGAAGCUGCUAAUUUGAGUGCUUCAAGAGACGUUGAAACAUCUGACAAAAAUGAAGCUAAUAAUAAGAUACCAACUACACCAACUAAAAAUAGUACUAACAUACUAUCAGGAUCCCCAAAUAAAUCACCUAAUAAUAAAAUACCGACUACACCAACUAAAAAUAGUACUAACAUACUAUCAGGAUCCCCUAAUAAAUCACCUAAUAAAUCUCCGAAAAAACCUAUGUCACCUUUCACCGAUAAAAAGAAGAAGAAAGGCUUCAAUCCAAAAUUUCUAGAUCUUAACAACGAGCUGAUAGUGCACGUUUGUCAAUCUAAGUAUUUGAGUACGCUUUUAGAUAAAGAGGACUACAGAAUACUUAAACACGUUAGGAAUGUUGACGCUAACUACCAAUUCGUUUGCUUUAAAUUGUACAAGUACAAACCCAAUUGGUACAAGCUGUCAGAUUUCGUUGAGAAGAUCGGAUUGGAUUUGGUUGAUCGAGACAUCGUUUCUCUCUAUGAGUUUUUGAAGAACAGUGACAUCGUAGAUACUGAUUACAAAAAGGAGAAUUUAAAAGUCCUCCUUGAACAUCUCAGUAAACCAGACAUUAUAAAAAUUUGCAUAGCGCUGCGUAUCAGGUCGCCUACUAAAUCAACUAGGGCGGCCAAUAAAAAAGAAGAUCUCAUCGAGCAAAUAUUGAAAGCGUGUAGAACGCGAACGUUACUGACUAUAACGAGCAGUACAGAAGACUUGGUGAGACUUGAAAUCAUAAAAAAUUUGGGCAAGCACGUCGUGAAGAUAAAAGAUGAUUUCAAAAAUUCCUUCAAUCGCGUCUACAUAUUAGCCACGUUCACCAAUCCUCAUAUGGACGAUAUCGAUCAGUUUUUUAAACAGAUGAUGCACGACAACAUCCUUUUUCCUGAGUACGAUGUUACGGAGUAUCCGGUGUUUUAUUCGCAGUCAGAAUUUAACAGCUACAUGGAAGCACGUGCUUUACGACUUGAAAUGGACGAGUGUACAAAUAAAAAAAUUUCCUUAAAAGCGAUGGGUAUGAAGAUUUUUGACAAACUGAAAGCCAUACCUCAAGACAACGAGGACAUAGAAAGGUACAAGGACACUCCGCAUUUGAAACGGUUCACUGCUGAACGAGUUUACGUCAAAUGUCUGACUGACAUAUCCGAAAAAUUACUAACCGUAUACACCAAGGACGCGAAAGAAUGGCUGGAAUAUUUAUUGGGACGAUAUCCUAACUCGCGUCGGUUAGGGAGUUGGUACAUCUUAUUGAUCAGAAUUCACAACAACUUGAAAAACCGCGAGCACGCUGGAAAUUUGCUUCUCGCAGCUUUUAGAGACGAAAGGGAACUUUUAAGCGAUAUCGAUGUUCAAUCUUUAGUCGAGCGAGCUGAGUUUAUGAAAAACCGGAUCAAUCAACUUCAGCAUGACAAUCUCAUCGAAAUACUUCCGAUUCCCAUUAAGGAAAACGAUUUUCCCAGCAAUAUGAUCGACGCCCAAGCUAUGAGAGGGAACGUGUCGGGCCGCAAGCGCGACUAUGUAAUCACGGAUUCCGAAGGAAACAAAACCUACCAAUCUGUCGAAGACAUUGCGUUGGACCAUUACUGCAACGAGGCCGGAUACACGAGCGGCGUCCAUUGCGAGGGCGCCAUCAUCAACGCCGUUUUCGCUCUCUUUUUCUGGGACAUUGUCUACGAAUCGGAGACGGUCGUACCCGGUAUUUUUCUGUCGAAAUACCAAUUGUGCCCGUUGGAUUUUUUCACGCCGUAUUUCUACGAGCACCGAAAAGAGUCCAUCGAUCAGAGAUUAAAGGAUAUCGGCGGAAAUUGGUCGGACGAGGCGGUGUUGCGUUUUGUUAAGCAGCAUUGGAGAUUGUACGGUCACGUUAACAGCUUCUGUCAAAUCAACAAAUCGAUCGUGGAUCUAGAGUUUCUGGAAACCGUCGUCAGAUGUAUCGGCAGGAAGGUGUUGGCCAUGAUAUUCGAGAGAUUGGUGAAAGAUGUCAGGCAGUACAGGAGCGGGUUACCGGAUUUGUUCGUUUGGAACGAAAAGGAACACAAGUGUAAAUUCAUUGAAGUCAAAGGCGAAAAUGACAGAUUGUCAAUAAAACAAAAAUUAUGGUUGAAAUACUUGGGAUCAAUCGGGGCCGAUGUGGAAGUAUGCUUCGUACAUUCCAUCGGAUCCAAAAAGAAAGUCCCAAAGAAAGAAACGCUAAAGAAAGAAACCCCAAAGAAAAAAACGCCUAGAAAGAAGACGCCAAAAGGAAAGGUUGCUAAUCAAGAAGCUGUAGAAAAAACUGACGACUCUUCAUCAACCACCAAUUCUCCAAAGAAGAGUAUCACAUUAAAUAAAGCAGAUUCAAUUUCUUCCACUCCUUCUAAACCAACGAGCUCGGAAUGCCCGAGCGAUUACGAUUCAGAUUUCGAAAUAAAAUCCCCCUCCACGACACCAUCCACCUCACCGAAGAAGAAGCGCAAAACCGAUCCACAAGUGAACGAAGAAAAUGAAACUGACAAUUCGAUUUAUGAUCCUGGACCUUCGACUUCAACUUCAAAUUUAUCGCCUUCGACAUCUAAUUCAAACAAAAGAAGCCACACGGAAAACGAUGAAGAGACGGGAUCCCCGUUCAAGAAAAACAAAAGUUUGGCCAACAGCAAAACAGGGGUUAAAAAGCUGUUUUAAAGUAUUGAAUCGACAUUACGUCUGUGGACAUCUUCCGUACCCAAAAUUAUUUUUACUUAGUUGGGGUAUGACAAACCCUAAUGGUUAAAAUACGAGUCGGAAAUCACUGAUAUAAUUGGAGGUAUCUUGUGUGUCUUAAAUGUCGAAGUAAAACGAAGUAGAAAGAUUACAAUUUAAAUAAUAUCUAUAUCUAUAAGAAUGAAACUUAUGUCGACUUAUUAAUGGUUUUGAAUUGGUUCCGUUUAUUUAAUGCGUAAAGUGACUUUCCUGAGUCUGUAUAAGUUUCCAAAUUGUGAUAUUUUUAUAAUGGAAUUUUAUGAUUAUUUUUAUAACUUUAUUAUAUAUAAUAUGCCAUAGAUGUACGCAUGAAGUUAGCAUUUACGUUGAAACUGUUUUAUAUUUUAAUAUAUUGUG